AUGAGUAUAGCAUCACGACUACAUCAUCCUAACCUGGUCCAGUUUAUUGGUGCAACUAAAGUGGGUAAUCCUCUCAUCUUGACCGAGCUGAUAAGCACUAGUCUUAAUCAGGAGCUUCACAGAAAUCAAUUAACCAAUCAACAGAUUCUGAGUAUUGCUCAAGAUGUAGCUUUAGGCCUCAACUACCUUCACCUGUUUAAGCCUCAGCCUAUUAUUCACAGAGAUGUGAGCAGUCCUAAUGUAUUAUUAAAGCCUUGCAUUGGACCUGCUGGUUAUGAAGCUAAAGUAGCAGAUUAUGGUACAGCUAAAGUAGUACAAGGAACUAGUACUGGUACUGUUAUGCCAGGCAAUGUUGCAUAUGCUGCACCAGAAGCUCCUAUUCCUGAUCAACACAGUCCAGCAAUGGAUGUUUACAGUUACUCUGUUCUUCUUAUGGAAAUGAAUUUACGUUGUCCACCCGGAAUUAAUGACAAGAGAGAGAAAA